AUGUCCAUUAAAGUUCAGACUCAUGCCUUCGCCGGCAACCCUCUGCUCUCCAAAUUCCCACUUUCCGGCCACCCUCUUCCACCCUCUGCUGCUCUUGAAGCCCUCAACGCGCGAAUCGGUCUAGGAAACUCUCAUUCGUAUCCCUCCCUGAGCUUCAAGGUGCUACCUUUUAGAAAUGGGAGGCCCUUAGCUUCUUCCGAGGCCGGCUCCGGCGACUCGCCGCCGAUUUGGCAUCUGGGUUGGGUUGGCUUGGACGAUCUCAGGGGUAUCUUGGACAAUUCCGGUGUCCAGUUGAGUGUGGAUUCGUUGGUGUAUCUGAAUUCGAGUGCAGAGGACGACGCCGUUUAUUGGGCAAUAGAUGUUUCGGCUGAGGUAAUUGAAUUGCGUAGCAAAACGGGUUUGCGUUUUGUGGAGCUUCGAACGCUCAUGGUGGCUACCGACUGGUCGGAUUUGCAAGCAAUGGGAAACUUGGCUAUUGCCGGUCAUGCUAAAGCACUGCUAGAAUGGCAUAAUAUUUCACGAUUUUGUGGACAUUGUGGUGAGAAAACGGUCCCAAUGGAAGCUGGGAGACGGAAGCAAUGUUCAAAUGGUUCAUGCAAGAAGAGGAUAUACCCACGUGUUGAUCCGGUAGUCAUUAUGCUUGUAAUUGAUAGAGAGAAUGACCGAGCUCUUUUGGCAAAACGACCAAUGCGUCUACAACGAUUGUAUACUUGCUUAUCAGGCUUCACAGAGCCAGGAGAAAGCUUGGAGGAAGCUGUGAGAAGAGAAACAUGGGAAGAGACUCGUGUUGAAGUUGGAGAAGUUGUAUACCACAGUUCUCAGCCAUGGCCUGUUGGACCAAGUAGCAUUCCAUGCCAGCUGAUCGUUGGGUUCUUUGCAUAUGCAAAAUCCCUUGAAAUAACUGUGGACAAGGAAGAGUUAGAAGGUACAAUGACCUCCCUUUGGUACAGUAGAGAAGAUGUAAGAAAAGCAUUGACGUUUGCUAAAUACAAGGAAACCCAAAGAACUGCAGCAGAAAAGGUCGAGCAAAUAUGUAAGGGACUAGAAGAAAAUCGGAGCUUUGUUUCAGAUUUCAAUGUGGAAAGUGCUGAUAAAAAUGCUUCAAUAGUUUUCCCUGGACCCUUUGCAAUAGCCCAUCACCUUAUUUCUUCCUGGGCCUUCUCAGAUAAAAAUGUAGUAAAUGGCGUUGACUGCAAUUCAAAACAACCCAUCAGUUCUAUGACAAAUUCGUAG